CCGGGCACCAGUAAGAUUCAAACUCAUAAUAACAUCAAGCCAAACUCCUCACAAAAUAUAUAUGGUGAAUACUUUACUAGUACUACCAAUGCUCUACUUCUUAGAAGGUUGCAUGAUUGAUGUUGAAUCUCCAACACUAAACAUGUUCAAUGAAUGCAUCACAAUAAUCUCCAUGCUCAUGUAGGCUCAAAUUAUGUGUACGUGCAGCGAAAUGGGUUUCCAAAUAAAAAGGAGUAUUGUGAUCGAGAGAUUCUUGUGUGGCUUGUUACUGGGUGUCUUAAUGGUAGGUCACGGUACUGACACUGAUGUAUUCUGUUUAAGUUCCAUUAAGGAAUCCUUGGAAGACCCGCAUGAUUACUUUUCCAGUUGGAAGUUCAACGACGUAAACAUAUGUGUAUUUGUUGGUGUUGAAUGCUGGCAACAUGGGGAGAAUAAAGUGCUAAAUCUCAACCUCACAAACAUGGGUCUGAAGGGUGAGUUUCCACGAGGCCUUAGGGGUUGCUCUUCGUUGGUAGGCUUAGACCUUUCACACAACGAGCUCACAGGACCCAUCCCAUCUGAUAUAUCCACAUUACUCCCUUAUGCUACUUCCAUUGACCUCUCAAAUAACAAGUUUAAUGGGGAAAUUCCACCAAGUUUGGCUAACUGCAGUUACCUGAAUUCUCUUAGACUUGAUAACAACAUGUUAAGCGGUCAUAUCCCACAAGAACUUGGGCAGCUUCAAAGGAUUAGAAACAUUUCUUUUGCCAACAAUAAUUUAUCAGGGCCGUUGCCUUUGUUCCGGGAUGGCGUGACUAGUGCUGAAGCUUAUGCGAAUAAUACCCAACUUUGUGGAGGGCCUUUGCCACCCUGCUCAAGCGAUGAUUUCCCUCAAUCAUUCAAGGAUGGCCUUGUUGUUGGCUAUGCUUUUUCGCUGACUUCUUCAAUUUUCCUUUAUAUGUUCCUCUGUAAACCUUGGCAUCAGUCAAAGCAUAAAAGAAACAACAACCACUGGAAUAAGGUUAAAGAAAUCGGCAAAUAUAUUUGUUCCAUCUCAGGGAGGAAGACACCUUCUGAAGCUGACCCCACACACCAAUUUCAAGCUCUGCACUUGCAGGAUAAAGCUAUGAAAGAGAUCUCUCUAGUAAUGGAAAGAAUGAAGUCCACGAUGAGUUUGACCGAAAUCAAAGAUGCAACAGACUGCUUUUCAUUAGAAAAUGCCAUUGGGAUGGGGAAAAUUGGAAUAAUGUAUGAGGGAAGGCUAACUGAUGGUUCGAACCUUGCCAUUAAGAGGCUUUUUGGUUCUAAACAAUUUAAGAAGGAAUUUCUUUUGGAAAUAAGAAUUCUGGGUAAGUACAAACACAAAAAUAUAGUUCCCCUGCUUGGAUUCUGUGUAGAAAGAAAUGAGAGGAUUCUGGUAUACCAACACAUGCCAAAUGGAAGGCUUUCAAAAUGGUUGCAUCCUUUAGAAAGUGAAGUUACAAGAUUGAAUUGGCCUCAGAGGAUCAAAAUAGCUCUUGGGGUAGCAAGAGGCUUAUCCUGGCUCCAUUAUACCUGCAAUUUGCAUGUUGUGCAUCGUAAUAUAAGUUCGGAGUGUGUCUUGCUAGAUAAGAAUUUUGAACCCAAAAUAUCCAAUUUUGGAAAGGCCAAGUUUAUGAAUCCCAACAUUGAGGAUGGUGCAAGCACGAUAUUUUAUGUAAGUGAUGGGAAGAAGGAUGUCUAUGAUUUUGGUAGUUUGAUUUUUGAGCUAAUCACAGGGAAAACAUUUAACGAGUUGUCGCGUUCAUCAUACAAUGCUACUAACCUGUCUGGCAACCCAUCGAAUUUUUAUGAUGCAAUUGAGGAAUCUCUCAUUGGGGAAGGUUUUGAAAAUGAGGUCUACACUCUCAUCAAAGUUGCAUGUAAGUGUGUUAAGCCUUUCCCAGAUGAAAGACCAACGAUGCUUGAAGUUUAUAACUAUAUGAUCGAUAUAUGGGGAGAGCGACGUAGAAUAAGUGAUGGUUCUGACACACUCAACGUAUCUAGUUCUUCUACUAGUGUAGAUGAAAUUGUUGAGCUAUAAAGGAAUUCAACAGGCAUACUCAUCUAACAUUCAAGAGUGUGUCUCCUUUUAUAUACUGAGAUGUGAAGUUUCAUAUAUAUUGCUUUUUUUCACUACUCUAGAAACUUGUUUCAUGGUGUGUCUCCUUCGGUAUUCAUCUAAGUGUGACUAUCCUGUUAAAUUUAAAAUUUCAUCUUGUAAUAUUCAUCGCAUUAUCUUUUACCUUUUAAGUCAUGACUCUACUUUAA